CGAUAGUAUCAUUUUUGUACGUUUCCUCGGUUUUGCCUUGUAAAAUCUGGACUGCAGCAACGCCUCACGACUUGUCUUUUUUUUUCUCCCACGAUGCUGUGCGGCAGGGGUUGUCUUGUGUGUGCGCUGUUUGUGGUGCUGAAGCUGCGCGUGCCUCGGAGGUUGCUACCAUAGAAAUCCACUCGAGCAUCCUUCCGCGAGAGGACCAGAACGAGGAAUCAUUUGUUUUCGACGAUUGGGAAAUAAUAUGUUUCUGCCAGCUGUUUAAGCCUUGUUUAUCUUUUUAUAACAUCAGUCAGCCUAGAUUUAUUCUUUAAGCACAAGUUAAGAAAGCGUAGACGUUUCUGAAACCGUUUUCUUGGCUGUUUUUCGAGGCUCGUCUUCUCUCCGGUGCCGCCGCCUGCCCAGCAGUCUUUGCCGCUUCAUCUCACAUCCUUUAUGCACAGCACGCUGCUCCGGUCCUCCCCAACAAAUCACACAUUCGAGUCCGAGCACCAUGGCCCGCUCCCGGCGCUUUCACUAAGAGACAUGGAAGCCAAACAGCACCCGAUAAAGAGCAUCAAAAGCUACCCGGAAACCGGCGGCCGGAGCCUGGCAGCGGCCGCCGGAGGAGACGGUGGGUAUAAAGCCGGCUCGGCUGAAAUGGAGAUGGAGGCGAAUAUCAAGAAAGCCAUCGACUUCAAGGUGGAGGGUCACCGCUGCUACAAAGAGAAGAAGUUUCGGGAAGCAAUCGGCAAGUAUCACCGGGCGCUGCUGCAACUCAAAGGGGUGCAUGUUGUCGACGGGACGACGGGCUCCGAGGUCAACCUACUGAACCAACCCUCGACCAAGCUGACCGAGGAACAGCGGAGAGCCGUGGAGAGCACCGAGAUCGAGUGCUACGACAGCCUGACAGCGUGUCUGUUGCAGUCAGAGCUGGUAAACUACGAGAGGGUGAAGGAGUACUGUCUGAAGGUGCUGAGCCACCAGAGAGACCACUUCAAGGCCAUGUACCGAGCCGGCAUCGCCUUCUAUCACCUGGGCGACUACGAAUGUGCUCUACGCUACCUGCGUGACGCCAAGAACCGCGAACCCACAGACACCAACGUGCUGCGGUACAUCCAGCUGACAGAGAUGAAGAUAAGCAAGAGCGGUCAGCGGGAACGAGAGAGCGGCAAAGAGACCCAGGGCUGACCCUCGACCUUUUCACCCUCCUAAACCUUUCAACUUUUAACCCCACAUCGAUCCUCCCUCUCUCCUCCUCUAUCGACUCCUGACAGCAGCACAGCCCACAGACAGAAGAGACAGACCCAAUCACCCGCCAGCGAAAAAACGGGAGACGUGUCAAGCUCUGUCUGCAACCCAACCUCCUUAUCCUUCUCUUCCCUCUUCUUCUCCCUCUUUUCUCCCCUGCUGUGUUUCCUCUCCCUAGAUGCAGACAGUCAAGCAAACACAAACAAGACAACAAGAAAUGCUGUAUUAUACUCAAAUGAAAUCGUGGUGGAAUGAAAAAGGAUCUUCAAAACAUACUUAUGAAUAAUGGACAUUUGCUUGAUUUAGUAAAUGUUUUAAAGACAUAAAAUGCAUUUUGUUUCUGCUCUCUUGCUCUCUCUUUUUCUAUCUGCAUUCUCUCUCUCUCUCUCUCUCUCUCUCUCUCUCUCUCUCCGUCUUAUUUCGAAUUCUUGAGGAAAAUAUCGGGGUUGGGAAGCUCGACCACACCGGGAGGAGGGCAGGACUGUGUGUGGACAUAAGCGGUGGAUAGUGAGGGGUGUGUGUGACACAUAUCAAGACCAUAACCCAAUAUGAUUGUACAUCCUACCCCAGUAGGGCGCACUCGGGCCCCUUACGCAGACUAUGAGACAGACUAGCCCGGGAAAUCUUUCAUCAAGUAAAGAAAACGCCUGCCUUUGUGCUUAAUCUAUCGCUCUACUGUCUUACUUUUCUUUCCUGGAUGCCAUGUAUCUCAGUUUCUGGACUGUUUUUUUUAAUUCAAGGGCUAAUUCAAGUGUUUGUAAACCGUUACUAGGGUUUUUAAUUUGCUUUGGGCGUUCAUCAUAUUCGUAGUAAUUCAUCGGUUGUUAACUGCAUCUGUGUCUCCAGCAGUUCCUGCUGUCAUCAGGUGUGCUAUUGUGGAAACUGGUGUGUCUUGAAUCUGUUGUCCAAAGCCCCUUCUGGGCCGUGUGUUGUCAUAGAGACUGUCGAAAGCCCCACCCUCCCCCUCCCUCCCCUCCCUGUUCUCCCGUUAAUGAUGUCACAAUGGAAAAUAGCCAAUGGGAUCGGAGUUCCAUCAACCGCCGUUGGCUAGAUGGAAAUCCACUUUAAAGUUUCACAGAGAGAAACACUUUAAAGUUUCUAAACGGAGGUCCAACCUUUUAUCGCUAAUGCUGAAGCUUCGCAGACAGCGAUAACACGCCGAGGAGACUCUGGGCAGCAUUAGUGCAGGGAAAACAAUCACAGACAUACUGUCCUGACAGUCCAGAUUGCCAUCUUGGAGCACUCAGAUUUAAGGCACUUCAACAAGAGUGUCGCCAUUUGAGAUUUCCUCCUUUAGUUUGCUGAUAGAUAAAACAUCUGUGUUUGAAAAUGGUUCCAAACACAGAGCUGUAAGGACAGAGAACACACAGCAUUAGCAUUAGACAACACUAAUGGAUAUGUGUGUGGAUAUCCAUGGCUAGCUGUCAAAAGACACAUAAAUAAUUUGCUUCUCUUGUGACUUGUAAAGCUGAAUCAUUGAUAAUGCAAAUAUUGCUUUUGUGAUAGCCUUACCACACGUUUAAAUCUGCCUGCGCUGUUCUGCAGAAAGUGGGAUUGAUGAUUUGUGAAAGCAUGACCUGAAUUUCCCUUCUCUCUGAUGCCAUGAAACUCAGUUUCCUCUUUCCCGUGUGCAAGCCCACCUCCUGCAUGUAACGUGUGGCUCCAGAGAGUUACUUCAGAUGUUUGGGAUAAGGAAUAUGUCUGCUCUAUUGCUUUCUGUCAUGGCAUGCUGCCACACUGUUCUCCCAUACCUCUAUUUUAUCCGCCCUGCCCUUUUUAAACGCUGAAGGUGGCGACAGACUGUGAUCACAGCAGUAGAAUAGGUAUCAAAAAAAUCUUGAAAGAAAACAGGUCUUUAAUAAAUCAGGGUCACCUUCUGCCUCGGCAAAGGUGAGAGAUAAGGGAUAAUUCCGCCGCUUAAGAUAGUCAAAAAGGAAAUCAAAUCAAAGAAAGAUGCUGUAAAAGAUUUCCCCUCCCUAUUUUUUCAGUGACCUGCUGGAGGUAAAUAGGGAUCUAAGUGUGUCAUUGGGACUCUGGAGAGACGGCACCAUGCGUUGAGGGGACCAGCAUGAUACAGAGAGGCUCCAGUGGAGGGACAAGUAGGCCAUAGUCAGCUGCAGUAAAGCGGCUGAAGCUCCAAGUCACUCCUGCAGUAGAGACACAGCAUUACAAAAAGUUCAGAGCUGGGAGAUUUAUCAUCAUACAUGAAAUGGCUGAAAGUAUGUGGGCACCUGAGUGUUAAACCCAUAUAUGAUUACUGAACAUCUCAAAACAAACUUGCUGCUGCUAUAACAAUCUCCGCUGUUCUGAGUCACAAUAAAGUGCAGUAAUUUCACACUCUGAUUUCGGACACUCAAAUUAAAUGGUAGACAGUAAAUAUAGUGCCCUAUAUAAAGUGAUUUAAGACUUAACAGGUGUUACUUUAAAGUUGCAUUAAGAUUAGGCCCAAACCAAAAGAACAUUAAAGUGUGGAGCCAGGGGUGUCCACUUAGUUUUAUUAGCCAUAUAGUGUACAUGAUAGGAGAUAUAUCUCAAUAUAAUUAAAUAACUAUUGAUGGCUGUGUUGCAGGAAUAAUGUUUUCUUAAAGGAAAAGUCUGACAUUUUGGGAAAUAUGCUAAUAUGAAGCUACAGCCAGCAGCAGGUUAGCUUAGCUUAGCACAAAGACUGGAAACAGGGGAAAACAGCUAGCCUGGCUCUGUCCAAAGGUAACAAAAUCCACCUACCAGCACCUCCAAAGCUCACUAAUCAACACGUUAGAUUUUGUUUAUGUAAUCUGUACUAAAACGGACGGAAAGUGAAUAAACAUAUUUCCCAAAAUACAACUCCUUUAAGUUAUCUUACUGAAAUAAAUUGGAUUGUUACUCAUUUCUCAGAGAACACAUCACCGGUGAAUAGCACUACUUAUCAUACAUACAGUAAAUAAAAAAACAUCACAUUCUCAACAACACUGAGUCCAAAAAAAAUGGAUCUCCAAGCUCUUGGGUUGAGGCUCUGGUAUCUCAGAGGAACUAAAACAACAGCAAGAAAUGGCACCUAUACAGGCUCGGUCUCCCUGGCUGCCUGAGCUGAGUCUACUCACCCUCUGGCCCCUCGGGGAUAGGUCUCCUCCCGUGGUCCUCUCUCCAUGGCACCAAUCCACCAUCUUGUUUUUGUCUAGCUGUGCUAAGUCAUUCUAGCUCAACAUGUACUACAACCGUCUAGGGACAACUAGCUGCACGGAAAACAGGCUUAUCUCUAGCUGAUCACGUCUUGAUUAAUGGCAGAGCUGACUCCGGGGCUGUUAUUGUGAGCCUAAUCUGUGCAAAUAGAGAUAGAAACACCUGAUCUCUGCAUCAGUGUAGCUUUGAAAACAAACAACAAAAAGCACAACAAAAAAGAGACGGAAAAAGUCAAACUGGCUGUGUUAUUUUUGCUCUUUUGCUUUGUUGUCAUUUGAGGUCAAUGUUUGUCAAAUGUCAGAGUAGUUUUUUGUGAAUAUAUGAUACAAAUGUACAAAAAAAAAUAACAAAAAUGGAAAGUUUAUGGUUGUGAAGAGCUUUACUUUACUGAAUUACUUUAUGAACAAACAAGAAAAGCAAGAGAUACAAAAGAGAUAUUUACUGAAGCUCCAUCACACAGAGCUGCUUUGUGACGGUGUCUGUAUUUGUUGGUAUUUCUGUUGACGUCCCUUUUCAUCAAGGGAUCCAGAACCGGCUCAGAGUAUGUGCAAAGCCCUUUGACACCCCCGUCUGAAUGCCCUUUUGACGCGACUCUUCUGUCUCUGCACAGUAAGACGAAUAGUAAGAGUGAACUCUGAGAAACUUCUAUCGGAGCGCAGAGCUGCUCCUCACAGACACGGAUCUCCGUCCUGCUUGUUUCUGUGGUGAAGGAGAGGAAAGAAAGGGACAUGAAGCUGGGGAAGUCAAGGCUAUGACUGUGUCUUUGUCCCGCCUCGCUCCAAAGAGGCGUUUUUCCAUGCGACAUCCAAACAUCACAGGCUUCCAUCACUGGUUUUACUGAACUGCUAGCCCGGGAAUGCACUAUUGAUUGGUUAUGAAUAAAGUUUCAAACAAAGAGGAA